AUGUACAGCAAGGUGCUGAAGGGAUGCAAGAAGCUGGCCAUGUCAGUGUGUUCUAUGGGUCGGAUCCCUGGAGGCUACAUCACCAACCACGUGUACAGCUGGGUGGACCCUCAGGGCCGAAGUGUCUCCCCGCCGCCUGACAGCCACGAAGCCAACCAGAGGCAAGGGCACAGCUUGGACGAGAGGACGGUAAACCUGAAUAUGGAUGAUGGACGCUCUCUGGGCCUAAUGAUCAGGGGUGGUGCUGAGUAUGGAUUAGGUAUUUACAUCACUGGAGUGGACCCCGGAUCUGCUGCAGAUGCUGGUGCACUGAAGGUGGGUGACCAGAUCCUGGAAGUAAACGGUCAGAGUUUUGUCACCAUCUCCCACGAUGAGGCUGUUCACAUCCUCAAAACAGGACGCCACCUGCUGAUGAAGGUGAGGGAUGUGGGCCGUCUGCCUCAUGCUCGAACAGUGGUGGACGAGACCAAAUGGAUCUGCAGUCAGGCCAUAGCUGAGACCAAUGCUACAGCUAACCCAAGUUCUGUCACUAACCCCAAUGUCAAUGCUGGCAUCCACGCUAGUGUCAGUGCCAGUAACUGCAGUUCAAGGUGAGUGCCAUACAGAGGUGUGGGCCCGCCAGGUGCGCAGGUGUCUCUGGAGCAGCAGGCCUACAUGCUGUUGACAGAGCCAGAGAGGCAGACCAUGGCCUACUACCUGCAGGAGUACCAGGAGGGACACAUAGGAGUGGAGCCGCUGGCCAUGGCUCUGUUUGAGCUCUUCAACACACAUGCAAAGUUGUCCAUGUUGUCUGAGGUGAGGAGUCUGGUGGCUCCCCAGGAUCUUGAGGUGUACGACAGGCUGGUGUUGCACCGUGAGAGGGAGGCCCACCAAGCCUGGCAUGGAGGCCUGGGAGUGCUGCAUCCACAGGGCCACUGCAACCAUGCAACCCCUGUGAUCCAUGACGCAGGACACACCGUCCCUGCUACGAUCCCAGCUUUUCUUGGCAUCCCAUUCUUUGUGGCAACCAGAGCCAGCUCCGUCUUUGCUAGCAGGACCUAUGGUGAAAUGCAGGCUUCAGGUGAAUCUCCUCCACCCUUCAGGGCUGCUCAGAGCAGGCCGUCCAGGGAGAAAGAGCUCAACCGGAAGCCCUCAGCACGGCUGGUGCAGCCUGGCUCCAGCCUGCUCUUCACUGGCCCCACCCGGCUUCUCCAGGACUGCCUCAACAAGUCGCUCAAAUCCCUCCCCACCAUCCACCAGCCCUCACCAGCCUCGGCCCACCGCACUUGCACUGGUGCCAGCCACCACACGUCCCUCAAUGCACUCCAUCACACCUGCCAGAGUUCCCUCCAGCUCUCUGACUCUGAACACCACAACCACCCCCAUUUUGCACAUCACUUCCACCACCAUGCCGCUCACCACAGCCGGCCCAGUUCAGGACACCACACCUGCCCAGGCUUCCUGCACCACCGGGACUCGUCCAGCUCGGCUAAGCCAGAAGCGUCUGUCAAGCUCUCUUCCCGAUCCAGCUCAUAUGAGAAGUCCUCCAUCUUGUCAAAGUCUGCGUCCUCCUCCAAAGCAGCAUCUCCCAUGGCAUCCCCUCAUCCAUCACCCCGUCCCUCACCAUGCCCCUCCCCCUGCCCCUCUCUCAUUACACCUGCUGCUCCACCUUGUAGUCCUGACCGGCCCUGCUCACCUGCUCUCGCCCAGAAAGUCAUCAUAACAGACAUGAACCGUCUGUCUGCAGACUCCAGACCACAGCAGAGAGGAGCCACCCUGUCCCAGCUGUCAGACAGUGGCCAGACUCUGAGUGAGGACAGUGGGGUGGAUAUAGCUGAGGCAGGAGGCCUAAGUAAGGACGGCAGCCCUCGACCUAGCAAGAACCAGCAGAGCCAUCUGGAACAGGCACGGGCCCACGCACCUCCUCCAGGGGCUACCAGACAAACUGGCUCACCGGUCCCAGCGCCUACUGCUACCCUGGUACGAGUGCUGAAAAAUGCCAACACUCUUGGCAUCGCUAUAGAGGGGGGAGCCAACACAAGGCAACCUCUGCCGCGCAUAGUCACCAUUCAGAAAGGUGGCUCAGCUCAUAACUGCGGCCAGCUGAAGGUGGGUCACGUCAUCCUGGAGGUCAACGGCAUUUCCCUAAGGGGUCGGGAGCACAAGGAUGCCGCCCGGAUCAUCGCUGAAGCCUUCAAGACCAAAGAGAAGGACCACAUUGACUUCCUGGUGGUUGAGCCAGGACUCUAGUACGAGGACUUACACUUCAUGCAGCCUGUUUUAAGAAGACACUGUCAGACUGCAUUGAGGGAUCCGUAUGAACUUCACAUGAUGUUGUCCUAUAAACCCUCAUUUUAAUUUCAGGGAAAGGGUUAGUGGAAAGA